ACCGGGCGCACCUCUAUGUCGAGCUGCUCCCGACAUCGUAACACGAGGUCAUGCCUGUGCGUGUAUGGAUGGUACAUUCUGACGUGCUUGCGCAGCGACACGGAAAUUGAGCAAAAGCGGAAUUACCAGCUUAGGAAAUGGCUACCGGGAAGGGAGAGGGCUGUUUGUUGCAUUUGCGCAAUGGACAGCCCUUAUUGCAGGAAACAGAACAAAGGGGAGAGGGCUGUUCUUUGCGCAAAUGCAGAGAACAGCUCUCGCUAUAGGAAACAAGACAAGGGGGAGAGGGCUGUUCUUUGCGCAAAUGCAGAGAACAGCUCUCGCUGUAGGAAACAAGACAAGGGGGAGAGGGCUGUUCUUUGCGCAAAUGCAGAGAACAGCUCUCACUAUAGGAAACAAGACAAGGGGGAGAGGGCUGUUCUUUGCGCAAAUGCAGAGAACAGCUCUCGCUGUAGGAAACAAGACAAGGGGGAGAGGCAACUCUUGAUAUAAGGACGGUCACAGCAGCGUCUGGACUUUGCCAUA